AUGCAGGAGGAGGAGCUCCACCAGUGCUGCCAAUGUGGCAAAACAUUUAGCAUGAAAACCAAUCUGGUGAAACACGAGGGGACUCACACUGGGGAGAAUCUUUUUGAAUGUUCUGAUUGUGUGAAAAGUUUCACUUGGAAUUCUGACCUGCUACUACAGCAGAGAACUCACAUGCAAGGAAAACUGUAUGAGUGUCUAUUUUGUGGGAAAGAUUUUUCUUGGAAACCUGACCUGGUGAAACACCAGAACAUUCACAUCGGAGAGAAACCAUAUGAGUGUUCACAUUGUGGAAAAGGUUUCAAGUCUAAUUUUCAUCUGGUGAUACACCAAAGAAUUCACACAGGUGAAAAACCAUAUAAAUGUCAUUGUGGGAAAGUUUUCAGUUGCAAUUCUGGCCUGGGGAAACACCAGAGGACUCACACUGAAGAGAAACUAUAUAAAUGUCAUUGUGGGAAAAGUUUCAGUCAGAAUUCCUACCUGGUAAAACACCAGAGGACCCACAUGGGUGAGAAACCAUAUAAAUGUCAUGAUUGUGGGAAGAGUUUCAGCCAGAAUUCCUACAUGAUGAAACACCAGAGGAUUCACACAGGAGAGAAACUGUAUGAGUGUUCAGAUUGUGGGAAAGAUUUUAUUUGUAAUUCCAGCCUGGUGAAACAUCAGAUGAUUCACACAGGAGAGAAACCAUAUAAAUGUCAUUGUGGGAAAAGUUUCACUCAGAAUUCUGACCUGGUAAAACACCAGCGGACCCACACAGGUGAGAAACCAUAUAAAUGUUUUGAUUGUGGGAAAACUUUCAGUCAGAAUUCCUACCUGGUGAAACACCAGAGGAUUCACACACGAGAGAAAGUAUAUGAGUGUUCAGAUUGUGGGAAAGGUUUCAAUUGUAAUUCUGAUCUGGUUAAACAUCAGAGGACUCACAAACGAGAGAAACUGUAUGAGUGUCCAGAUUGUGGGAAAGAUUUCUCUUGGAAAUCUGACCUGGUGAAACACCAGAGGACUCACACGGGAGAGAAACCGUAUGAGUGUUCAGAUUGUGGAAAAGGUUUCAAGUCUAAUUCUGAUCUGGUGAUACACCAAAGAAUUCACACAGGUGAAAAACCAUAUAAAUGUCAUUGUGGGAAAGGUUUCAGUUGCAGUUCCGGCCUGGGAAAACAUCAGAGGAGUCAUACAGGAGAGAAACCGUAUGUGUGUCCAGAUUGUGGGAAAGAUUUCUCUUGGAAAUCUGACCUGGUGAAACAUCAGCGGAUUCACACGGGGGAGAAACCGUAUGAGUGUCUUGAAUGUGGGAAAAGUUUUACCUUGAACUCCAGUUUGGUGAUACACUGCAGGACUCACACAGGAGAGAAACCAUUUGAAUGUCCGGAUUGUGGGAAAGAUUUCCGUUAUAGGACUAGCCUUAUAAAUCAUGUAAGGUUACACAUAGCGGACAUGAAGGAUAUGAGAGAUGAGAUGGAAGGGACUUUGUAUGUCACCAAUUUAACCCACUACUUAAGCUGUAGACCCUAUUCCAGUGGUGCCAAACUGGAUUUUUUCGAGGGCUGGAUCAGCAUUGUAGCUCUCGAUGGGGCGGGGAGCGGGGGAGAGCCGAUGCAGGAGGAGCAGCUCUACCAGUGUGCCCAAUGUGGCAAAACGUUUAACAGGCGCACCAGUCUGGUGACACACAAGAGGACUCACAUUGCACAGAAACGCUUUGAAUGUCUUGAUUGUAUGAAAAGCUUCACUCGGAAUUCUGAUCUGGUGAGACACCAGAGAACUCACACGGGAGAGAAACCGUAUGUGUGUUUGUAUUGUGGGAAAAGUUUCAGUCAGAAUUCUAACCUGGUAAUACACCAGAGAACUCACACAGGAGAGAAACCAUUUGAGUGUCUGUAUUGUGGGAAAAGUUUCAGUCAGAAUUCCUCCCUUGUGAUGCACCAGAGUAUUCACACGGGAGAGAAACCGUAUCAGCCUUCAGAUUGUGGAAAUGGUUUCAAUUUCAAUUCUGAUCCGGUGAUCCACCAAAGGAUUCCCACAGAUGAAAAACCAUAUGAGUGUCUGCAGUGCGGAAAAAGUUUCAUUCAAAAUUCCAACCUUGUGCGACAUCAGAGGACUCACACAGGAGAGAAACCAUUUAUGUGUCAAGAUUGUGGGAAAGGUUUCAGUUGUAAUUCUUUUCUCGUCAAACAUCAGAGGACUCACACAGGAGAGAGACCAUAUAAGUGUCCUGAUUGUGGGAAAGAUUUCUCUCGGAAAUCUAGCCUGGUAAAACACCAAAGAUCUCAUACAGGAGAGAAACCAUAUGAGUGUCUGUUUUGUGGGAAAUGUUUCAGUUGGAAUUCUCUCCUGGUAGAACAUCAGAGGACUCACACAGGAGAGAAACCAUUUGAAUGUCCUGAUUGUGGUAAAGAUUUCUCUCGGAAAUCUGAGCUGGUGAAACAUCAGAGGACACACACGGAAGAGAAACCGUAUGAGUGUUCAGAAUGUGGAAAAGGUUUCAGAUGUAAUUCUGAUCUGGUGAUACACCAAAGGAUUCACACAGGUGAAAAACCAUAUACAUGUGUGCAGUGUGGGAAAAGUUUCAUUCAAAAUGCCCUCCUUGUACGACAUCAGAGGACUCACACAGGUGAGAAACCAUAUAAGUGCCCAGACUGUGGGAAAUGUUUCAGUCAGAAUUCUGACAUGGUGAUACACCAUAGGACUCACACGCAAGAGAAACCAUAUGAGUGUCCAGCUUGUGGGAAAGGUUUCAGUUGCAGUUCCAGCCUGGUGAAACAUCAGAGAACUCACACAGGAGAGAAACCAUAUAAAUGUCAUUGUGGGAAAAGUUUCAGUCAGAAUUCCAACCUGGUGAUGCACCAGAAAACUCAUACAGGAGAAAAAACGUAUCUGUGUCCAAAUUGUGGGAAAAUGUUCAAUCGGAACUCCGACUUGGUGAAACACUGGAGGACUCACACAGGGGAGAAACCAUAUGAGUGUCCAGAUUGCGGGAAAGAUUUCAGUACUAGCUCUAGCCUUAUAAACCAUGUAAGGUUACACAUAGGGGAGUAACCGUUCAAAUGGUCAGAUUGCUGACAGUGUUUCACACAAUUUUCCUCCCUCGUCAUACAAAAGAAAUUCCAAGAGAGGCAAAAUUUGAUGUGUGUACAGGAAUCUUUAAUUUGGCUUUUUUUUUUACUUUCAUUGAUAACCCAGCUGAAUAAUUAAACAUUUAAUUACUUGCA